AUGCACCUACCACCUCCCAGCGAACCCACCCAAAAGCACAAAUCCCCAACAACAAUAACCCCCCUCCUGCACUCCCUCCUCCAAAUCCCAGCCUUCGCGCCCAAACUCACCAUCGCCCUCCUCAACUCAGGCUCCUCCACAGACUCCAACCUCCCAGCCCUCCUCCACGAAGCCGCCCGCCUCGCCAACCAACUCGUGGCAGACCUCAUCGCCUUCGACACCUCAGGCCACCGAGAGGAAUGCAAUGUGUCGAGAUCCGCGGUGAUGAAGGUGGGGAUCGAGGCGAGGGCUUUUGUGGAGAUGUAUGAGGCUUGGGUGAGGGAUUGUGUUGAUGGGGUUGGGUUUGCGAAAGAGGAGGUGGGGAGGGAGAAGGGGUUGAUGGAGUUUUGGGGGGCAUUGGUGAGGGAGGUGGAGGGGUUGGUGGAGCUUUUGGUUUGA